AUGGCAUUGGUUCUCUUCCUUGUGUUUUCACUUUUGCUACAAGGAGCCUUUGGAGAAUUAAUAUGCGAAGAAUUGCCAGCUGAAAUGUGCGCAUUUUCAAUUUCAUCCUCGGGGAAGAGAUGCUUGUUGGAGACUUAUGCACCAACCGAUGCAACGACCAAGUACCAGUGCAAGACAUCUGAAGUUGCGGUGAACAUUAACAUGAAUGGACACGUCGAGACUGAGGAGUGCAUCAAGGCCUGUGGGCUUCAAAGAAACGUUGUUGGGAUUUCAUCAGAUACCCUCCUUGAUUCCGGAUUCGCAUCCGAGCUUUGCUCUCAGGAUUGUUCAGAGAACUGCCCCAACAUUGUUGAUCUUUACAACGAUUUGGCUCUGGCGGAAGGCCUGAAUUUGUCAGAAAUGUGCAAGGCACUGAAAAACAGCCCACGCCGUAUCAUGGCUCAGGUCCGAAGUUCAGGUUCUGCCUCAGGUCCUGCCUCUUCUGCUGCUGCUCCAUUUGCAGCUGAAGCAUUGAAUCCUGCCUCAGUUGAAUCAUUAUACUCCGCUGCAUGGGCUCCUGCUCCCCUGUUAAAUUAA